CAUGAAUGAAAGGCCUCGAAAUACACAAUAGUUUAGAUUGUAGACUUUCGUGGAUAACACAGAAAAUGCGUUUUCCGUUUAGAAGUAUCACUUACAGUGUUGUCAGUUACUUACGCGCUUCUUGUUAAGGUUGAAACAAUGCUGACAUGUUCCGCUCCGCAAGCCGUAUAUAAAGCGGAAACGUUCAACAAGAGAACAUCAACUCCAAGUUCCACCAUCGAACUUGUUCAUUACUGCAGCUCGGAAAAUCACACGUUUUCGAAGAUGAAUCCAGUGUACUGCGCGCUCGCCUUCAUUGUCUUCUUUGCCGGAAUUCUGAUCGAUCAAGGAUAUGCCGGUGGGUAUUACAACAGCUACUCAAGCUACCGGCGACCUUACUCAGCAUAUUCAAGUUACGACAGUUACUAUCCGCAACGAUACGGUUCCUACGGCCGAUAUGGCGGUUCCUAUUCGGGAAGCUACGAACGAUACAAUUCAAAUGGAUACGGAAGACGCUAUCAGCGGGACGUGGAAGCCCAGGUGGAAGAGAAAAGUGGUGACAGCAAGCUGAGAAAAGGUUACAGCCGGUAUAGUUCGGGAGGACGCUACUACCAAUCUGGAUACGGAUCGCGUUAUUCGAGUCGUUAUGGCUAACAAACAAGAAUGCUUGAACCUUUAAACAAACUCAAAUUUUAACGUUUUAUACAGCAAAAUUUUUGUAUUUCUUUGUUGCGUCAGUCGCAAGACGGGAACGAUUCCAAAAACAGUGUUUUCUAUAUACGAUUUUUACGAAUUUUUAAAAAGUUGUAGUCAUCAGAAGAUGGGAAAUUAAAUGUCAAAAACACUCUCAGCCGACUAAGGUGUA